GCAGCAAUUGGCGAGGAAGGACCAUCCGAGGAGCACUACUAUCCUUACAUAAAACCAAUCCAGUGGUUGAUCCGCUGGCCAGCCACUGCGAUCUGGAUGCCAUGAAACCGAAGAAAUCCGCCUUUGCCAACACAUCCACCGGAUACGGCAGGCACAAGCACAGCGGGCACGGCAAAGGACACUCCCACGGCCAGGGUCACUCCGGCAAGGAUAAGGCCGACGGCGGGGGCAAGGAGAAGAAACGAGAGGCCAAGGAUCAGCAUGAGCAGAAGGAGGAGGACAAGGACUUGAAUUCCGGCUUCGGCGACUAUCUUCGCACACCGGAGGCAUUUGAGAUGAUGAAACUAUUCGUAUUUGCCAAUACUGUUAUGUUAAUUGUGACCAUGGCCUGGCCGCAUAUCAAGGAGCAGUUCUACAUGGUCAAUCAGUGGCUAGAAAGCUUUCGGGAAGAGCAUCAGUAGUAGUAGAACUGGACAGUCUAUCAACCCAAAAAAGUUUAACUCAAGCAUACAAAAUGGUCGGACCCUUUAUGCAGGGCCUCUUUUUGAUUGGCAUCAUCUACUGGUACUCCAAGGGCAUGAUGUCCAUGAUCA